AUGGAUUCAGAUGCUGAUUCGGACUUUACUAGUGUAUCCCAGCGUGCACCCAACCCCAACUAUCAACCUCAAAUGAACUAUUUUCCUCCUCCACAACAAGCUGGUGGACCUGUACCUUACGGAGGAAACCCCCAUCCUCCACAGCAGCCUCCUCAACAGAAUUAUGGCUACUCGCAAGGUCAACAAUAUGCGCCGCAAUUUGUGUCCCGACCUGCUGGAAACUUUGGGCCUCCUCCUUCGCAAAAUUAUGCACCUCCCAUGCAUCAACAGCUGAGAGGACCUACUGUGUCAGAAAACAUUUUGUCGCAAAAUCCUGACGUGAACUUUGCAAGGACAGGAAGAAGAGGCCAUCAGCAACAGUACAAACCAGGAGCUGCCAGAAUAAAUCAACAGAGAAACUUGAUGGGUAACCGCGCUGCUGGGUUUAGAGAUAGUCCGUAUGGAGGGUUUUAG